UGUGAUCGCCUACCUAGCUACUGCAGAUUUCCUUACACCACAUAGCUGACAGCUAGCCCACGGAGGCGGGGCAAACGGGAAGUGGGAGGAUGGUGGGUGUGCGAGCACCACCGCCGCCGACCAUGCCGGAGUCCGACUGGGCGGUCAGGCGGAUCCGCAAGGAGCUGAAGCUGCUCUGGAUCGACCCCCCGGCGUUCUGCCGGCCCGGCCCGGCGCCCGUGACGGACCUGUUCCACUGGGAGGUGGUCAUCGACGGCCCCGAUGGCAGCCCCUACGCCGGCGGCACGUUCCCCGUCGACGUCAAGAUCCCCAAGAAGUACCCCAUGGAGCCCAUCAAGCUCACCUUCAAAACCAAGGUGUACCAUCCCAACAUCGGGCCGGAGGGGAGGAUGGCCCUGGACAUCUUCGGGGAGCGGUGGAGCCCGGCGAUCACGAUGAGCACGGCCCUCCUCUCCGUCGUCUCCGUGCUCUACGACCCCCUGCUCGACCUCCCCGUCCGCCGCGACGCCGCCCUGCUGUACAGGCACGGGCGGGGCCUCUUCGAGCAGAAGGCCAGGCGCUGGACCCGCAGAUACGCCUCAGCGCCGGUGGCCUCCUUCUGUCCGGCAGCGGCAGGGAAGGAGCUGCUGGAGGAGGCGGCGAGUGGUGGGGCAGUGGCACGUCGUCGUUCUUGCGGGGCGGGGAAAUGGCGUUCCUUGGCGGCUCGUCUCCUUGCCAUCUAGUGCAUGCGUUCGGUCGUUCACCGCGAUGAAGCUCAUUCACCACAAGAACUACAGUAGUACAGUGAGUUGUCUUAAUUAGUCAUGCUUGGAUGCUUAUUGGCGUUGGUGCGAGUCUCCGUGUAGCGCAUUGGGGCGGAGUUUAUGUGGUCGAUGCAUGCUCGUACGCAACUUCUGAAAACAGAAAGUAUUGUACCCGUGCCGUGCCUUUGUUCCGCAUUUUUAUUAUACUCCCUUCAUACAAAAAUAUAAGAGCGUUUGAUAAAUCA